GAAAAGCCAUGACCAUGACAUUCUGCUUGGUGCCCAAUCACGUUUUUCACUGCCAUGCAACACCAACUUCCUCCUCGUCGCCCUCCGUUUCCAAUUUUCUCGUCAUAAUUGUGAAACUUUGACUGCACGUCGACUUAUAGAUAAUCGUCACGAUUUGAGAGAGAGAGAGAGAGAGAGAGAGAGACCCUAUUUUAUAUAAUGGGGAUCGUUGGUACGAUUCUUGCAUUAGUGGGGUUUGGAUGGGGCAUGAGCAUUGGACUAGGGAUCGGAUACUUCCUCUUCAUCUACAUGCAGCCUGCUGAAGUGCAAGAUCCUAUCAUUCGUCAACUGGGAGAGUUGGAUGCACGGUCCUUGGAAGAGCUGCUUAACGAAAUUCCUCUAUGGGUGAAGAAUCCAGACUACGAUCGGGUCGAUUGGUUAAACAAGUUCUUGAAGGACAUCUGGCCCUGUCUUGAAAAGGCGAUUUGUAAGAAGCUUCGAAAGAAAGCACAGCCUUACAUUGAUAAAUAUGGUUCGAAGUAUAUGAUGAACUCUAUCGACUUCGAGUCGCUUACCUUGGGGACACUUCCUCCUACUUUUGUUGGUAUGAAAGUUUACGAUACCAAGGAAAGGGAGAUAAUUUUCGAGCCUUCCUUCAAGUUCGCUGGAAAUCCAAAUAUAAUUAUUGCUGUGAAAGCUUUUGGCUUGAAAGCAACAGUGCAGCUUGUAGAUGUGCAGGCUUUUGCAACAGCGAGAAUCACACUAAAGCAUUUGGUUCCCAUGUUCCCUUGUUUCUCAAAAGUAGUCAUCUCUUUAAUGGAUAAGCCUCACAUAGAUUUUGGUCUGAAGCUGUUGGGUGGGGAUGUCAUGGCAAUUCCUGGUCUUUACGGUUUCGUUCAGGAUACUAUCAGAGAUCGUGUUGCUGAAAUGUACAUGUGGCCAAAGACAUUAGAAAUUCCUAUAAUUGAUGAUCACAGUGCUGCGAAGAGGCCAGUGGGAACAGUUGAGGUGAAAAUUAUUCGAGCUAGGAACCUGUUGAAGACGGACUUCAUGGGCAAAGCUGACCCAUACGUUAAAAUCCGCUUGGUUAACAGUGUGCUUUCGAAGACAACACGCACAAAGGCGAAUACAUUGAACCCUGAAUGGCAUGAGAUUUUCAAGCUUCCGGUUCAGGACCCCAAAUCACAAUCUCUUGAGCUGGAAGUUUUUGACUGGGAGAAGUUAGGAGCACACGAGAAAAUGGGAAUGCAGAUCGUGCCAUUAAAGGAUUUGGUGGACGACGAGCCGAAAUCGUUUACUUUGCCUUUGGUUAAGAACGUGGACCCUAACGACGAAGCUAACUCUAAGAAAUCCCGAGGCGACAUUGUUUUUGAAAUGACUUUCAAGGCUUUCAAGGAAGAUGACAAUGAGGCAGAUAUUGCAGAGGAAUCACACAGCGCGUCAGAGAGCGUACCUCAUCAUGGAGGUGUCCUGUCGGUCACAGUCCAUCAGGCUGAGGAAGUGGAAGGCAAGCAUCACACCAAUCCCUUCGUGGAGUUGCAUUUUCGUGGGGAUAAAAAGAAAACUUUGGUGAUCAAGAAGAGCACAGAUCCAAGUUGGGAGCAAGAAUUUUCUUGGCAACUGGACGACUCCCCAAUUAGUGAUAGCCUGCACGUUGAGGUUCUUAGCAAGCGCUCAAGCAUGAAUCUAUUUCAUCGUCAGGAGUCUUUGGGGUAUGUAGACAUUCCUCUUCAGGACGUAGUGAAUAACAAGACCAUCAACGAAAAGUUUCAGCUGGUGGACUCUCCUGGAAUGAUUCAACUGGAGCUAACCUGGAGGAUUUCGUAGGACGUUACUGGGAAGUAAAUGUAGGAACCCAACCUUUCUAGCUGUAGGUAGUUAUUCAUCACAUGUAGAUAUUACUGAGUCGAAAACCUCACUAGGUGGUUAAGCUAGCAAUUCCUGCGUUGUUCAUAUCCCCUUGUAUUAUUGUAGGCCUUAGGACUUGCAAUAUUGAGAAUCAUGUUUCGAGGCUCACUAUA